UUGUUUUCAAAAUGGCGUUGAGGUUUAUAUUUAGUCAUAUCUCAACAAAAGAAAGAAAGAGAUAGGCUAACCUGGAUGGUGUUGUAUCAAUUUAAUUUUAGGCCUGGGCCUAAAUAGAAUUUGGCAGUCUGAACCCAACUAAACUUACCAAACCAAAGGUUUUUAAAACUAAGAGCAACUAGGAUUUUUUAAUGCAAGUAAAUCAAAAUUAUUCAAAAUCAAGUGGACAAAUUUAAAAUGGCACAGAGCAAUCAGACUGGACCACGGAAAGGUUCAAAAUAUCAUAGAUUUGAUGACAUUCCAACAAAUACUUUUACUCCACAAACUUAUCAGAUACAACUGCUGGAUGUUGCUUUGAAAAGAAAUACAAUUCUAUGUUUGGGGUGUUCAGAAAGCAAAUUGUUUCUUGCCUUAAUGCUAGCAAAAGAAUUAUCUUCCAUCACGCGUCAGUCCCUAAGCAAUGGUGGAAAGCGUAUAUUUUAUCUCACUGAUUCAGAGUCAGAUCUAGACAUGCUAUUCCAAACAUUACCCCAUCAUACAGACUUAGAAAUCAAUAGAUGCUCACCUCAUGUUGGGGAAAUUUCAAUGGAAAAUGCUUUGGGGAUGGAAGAACAGAAGCUGAAUGAAUGGCGACUGCUAGUUGAAAACAGCAAUAUUUUACUCUGUCGUGGUUCAUUAUUUUUGUCUCUGCUCCAGAAAAAUUUGAUCUCUCUAAGUGAGGUGAAUCUGCUAAUUUUUGAUGAUUGUCACAAGUCAGUGGAAGGCAAGGACCAUCCCUAUGUUGAGAUUGUCAAAAAAGUUGUUGCAAUGCCAGAAGGAGGCCAGCCGCAUAUCCUGGGCGUGACCUCGUCUAUCGCUGGCACAGAAUGCAGUGAUCCCGUACAGCUCAACCGGACUAUCUCUGAUAUGGAAAGUGCUUUACACGCCUAUGCAGAAACAUCUAUGCUUAUUUUGUCUGAAAGGUUUGGGUGCCGCCCUAGUGAGUCUGUGAUAAAAUGCGUUGACUACGGGAUCGACGCCGACCAGUUGGCGCUGAGGGAAAUGCUGGAAGAUAUACUAGAGCAGAAUUAUUAUUUUUUCACCGAGUGCUGUAUCGCUAUUGAUGAGAAAGUCGAUAAAAGGGACCCAAAGGAGACCCCCAUUCAAGUUUUAUCCCAAUGUCUGAAUAUUCUGAAUGUAUUAGGGUCCUGGUGCACAGCUUCUGUGUCUGAAUAUUUUAUUAUGCAACUAGAAAAAAUUGUCAAAUUUGAAAAGAACACUAUACACAAGACCUUUCUUCGAUGUGUCAUUACAACACUUCGGCGCCUUAUUAAAGUGUUUGAUAUGAAUUACCACCCAGACUAUGAUGUCGAUGAGUUGUUAGAAUACACAACACCCAAAGUCCGAGAACUUGUCCAGGUGUUGAGAAACUACAAGCCAGAGGUUGAUUUUAUUAUUGUAAAUAACGAAGACAGCUUCAACGACGAUGAUUUUUCAGAUGUUUCUGAUGACGAUUCUAUCACGCUAGGCUCUGAUGAGGAAGAUAAUAACAGUGAAGAUUUUUCUAACAGCAAUUCAAAGCCCCUGCACAUAGCUGUUAAACGUACUGCAGAUGGAGGUCAUGAAAGAAUUUUGACUUACACGGAGGAGGAAGAUAAAAAUCUAUGCGGGAUUAUUUUUGUUGAAAACCGCUACAUUGCUUUUGGUCUUAAUAAGGUUAUUGAAGAGGUCUGCUCAUGGGAUGAAAAUCUUUGUUUUGUAAAGAGUUGCCAUGUAACUGGGCAAGGCUUGCGAGGGUCCAAUGGAAAAAAUAAAGGCAAUAAGACUUACAAGCGUCAGGAAGAAGCGUUGAGGAAGUUUCGGACACAAGAAUGUAACCUCGUCAUUGCCACCCUGGAGCUGGAGGAGGGGAUUGACAUACCAAAGUGUAAUCUUGUCAUCCGCUUUGAUCCUCCUAAAGAUUUUAGAGCGUACACCCUUUCAAAGGGUAGAGCCAGAGCAAGAGAUGCGUCAUAUGUUAUUCUCUUAGACGAUGAAGAUUUUGAAGGCUUCAGCUCCAGUCUAAAAGUUUUUAAAGGCAUUGAACAGGUGCUUUUAGGAGAACAUAGAAGUUUUGAAUCGGCUGUUGUAAUGUGUUCAGAUGAUGUAGUAGACGAUGACCACCGGUUGAAAGAUGGUGAAGUGGUCAGUCCAGAUGUUAUCCCCCCAUAUUGUACUAUGCCAAACUCCCCCAACUCCCCUCAUGUUACUCUUCAAGGUGCUAUAGCUCUAAUCAACAGAUAUUGUGCCAAACUUCCCAGUGAUGCAUUUACACACCUGACACCCCAGUGUCGGGUAGAAAAGCUGCCACUUGAUCCACCUCGUUAUGUCGCUUACCUCAGAUUACCAAUUAACUCUCCAAUAAAACAAGAGCUAAAGGGCCCUGAAAUGCAGUCAAGUAAUUUGGCAAUGAUGGCUGUGGCUCUUAAAAUGUGUGAAAUACUUCAUAAAACAGGUGAGCUGGAUGAGAAUUUGGUACCCGUUGGUAAGGAGAUGUUUUUGUAUGAAGAAGAGGAAGAGUGGAUGAAUGAAGAAGAUUUAGCUGGUCUUGCCCGGCCUGGGACUACCAAAAGAAAGCAAUACUACAUCAAGAAGGUGGCUAAUGGUUUACUGCAAAGUUGUCCCAAGCCAGAAAGUGGGUGCUAUUUAUACCUCAUCAAUCUGAAGCUGACUGGACCAAUCACGGAUGAGCAGAACACACGAGGUCGGGUCAUCUACGCUCCAGAGGACACUGUCCAAACUCUGGGGCUUUUGUUGUCCAAGCCUCUUCCUCUGAUCCCUCAAUUUCCUGUUUACACGAGAUCAGGGGAAGUUACUGUGUCUGUUGAUUUGCUGCAGAACAAUCUCAGCUUCUCUUCAGAUGAAAUUUCACGUCUACUUAAGUUUCAUCAUUUUGUAUUUUCUGAUGUUUUGCAUUUGGAUAAAGAUCCUAUGGAAUUUAAUCCUGAAAAAGCAGAGUGUGGCUACAUUAUUGUUCCUCUAAAUGGAACCUGUCAUGAUGAUUUGAAUAUUGAGUGGAAUUUUGUGGAUAAAGUCAUUGAGUUUAUAAAGGUUGAGAAACGGGCAGGAUGUAACAAGAAGCAAAGCGAAAGCUUGUUUCAGUUUUCGGUCACAAACUUCGAGGACGCUGUUGUCAUGCCCUCCUACCGCAACAUUGACCAACCGCAGCAUUUUUAUGUGGCUGAAAUACGCCAUGAUUUAAACCCCCUCAGCCCAUUUCCAUCCCCUGAGCUUUAUAAAACAUUCCAAGUUGGUUUGUAUUUUUCAUUCCAGGAUUAUUAUACAACAAAGUACGGACUGCUGAUCACAAAUACUGAACAACCCCUUUUGGAUGUUGACCAUACGUCUGCUAGACUCAACUUGCUGACACCCAGAUACAUGAACCAGAAAGGCGUGGCCCUCCCCACCAGCAGCGCUGAGACCAAGAGAGCCAGGCGGGAAAACCUCCAGCAGAAGCAGAUCUUAAUCCCUGAGCUCUGUGACGUUCAUGUCUUUCCUGCCUCACUCUGGAGGAAAACCGUCUGCCUCCCCACCAUUCUAUACCGCACAAAUUAUCUUCUACUUGCUGAAGAGCUCCGCAGCAAGAUCUCCAGAGAAACUAACAUUGGGCUUGACCAACUCCCUGAGGGUUUUAGAUUUGCCAAGUUGGAUUUUGGAUUUGAAACAAGCCCAGAGAAGUUGCUGGACAUGGAGUUAGCUAAAAAUUCAAAUUCUAAUAAUAGUACAGUUCCAGAAGAUUGCUAUGACAUGGAGGUAGCUAAAAAUUCUAAUAAUAGUUCAGUUCAAGAAGCUUCUGAUUGCUGUGACACGGAGGUAGCUAAAAAUUUUAAAAAUAGCUCAGUUCCAGAAGAUUCUGAUUGCUGUGACAUGGAGUUAGCUAAAAAUUCAAAUUCUAAUAAUAGUACAGUUCCAGAAGAUUGCUAUGACAUGGAGGUAGCUAAAAAUUCUAAUAAUAGUUCAGUUCAAGAAGCUUCUGAUUGCUGUGACAUAGAGUUAGCUAAAAAUUCAAAUUCUAAUAACAGUACAGUUCCAGAAGAUUGCUAUGACAUGGAGGUAGCUAAAAAUUCAAAUUCUAAUAACAGUACAGUUCCAGAAGCUUCUGAUUGCUGUGACAUGGAGUUAGCAAAAAAUUCUAAAAAUAGCUCAGUUCCAGAAGAUUCUGAUUGCUGUGACAUGGAGGUAGCUAAAAAUUCUAUAAAUAUCUCAGUUCCAGAAGAUUCUGAUUGCUGUGACAUGGAGGUAGCUAAAAAUUCUAAAAAUAGCUCAGUUCCAGAAGCUUCUGAUUGCUGUGACAUGGAGGUAGCAAAAAAUUCAAAUUCUAAUAAUAGCACAGUUCUAGAAGUUUCUGAUUGCUGUGAAACAAGCAUGGAAAUUGUGAACCCAAGUCUCAAAAUGAAACCUGUGAUUGAUGGGAAAUUGGACAAUGUUCAGAAUAUAAUAGAAAUAGGUUUAAAGAAAGGAAAGGAUUUAGAAAUUCAAACAUCUGGUACAACUUGCAGCAUUGUUGAUGAAAAGUCAUUUCCCAGUCUGAAACUCAGUCCUGUCAACAUUCCUACACCUUGUAAAGAAUCUUCAGAAUGUGUGGACGGAGAUGCUGGGAAAGUUUUGCCAGGCAUGGAUACAAAAUCUGCUGAUGAGAAUCAGCUGUUGUGUUUACUGAAUGGAGACACAGGAAGAAAAAUAGAUGAGCGCUCUUUACCUGUUACUGAUAUAUGUUCAGGAAAUAGCAACGGGCUACACACUGAUGAAGAAAGGCAGCCAGAUAGCCUCAACGGCCUAUACGCUGAUGUAGAAAGGCAGCAGGGCAGUAAAGAAACUACUUCUUUCUCUGUGAUAAAUACUAGUCCAACUUUAUCUUCUGGCAAGGAGGCUAACUCUAAUAAUAUUAAAAACGAGGAAGCAAACCCUUUAUCUAGUCAACUUCACACAGGGGAAGAUAACUCUGUACCCAGUAAUAUUCCCCCAAGUCCCUAUCAAGCGCUGCCACAGUCACAGACCCAUUUUAUUCUAAACUCAACUGCAAUAACCAAAGAUUCAACAAAGCCUACAUCCGAUGUUGUUAAAAACUGUUGUAAUCAUGCUGGUUGUGAUCCCAAUACCAUUCUAUCCAAUUCUAAACCUGCCUUAAGUAAAGCCAACAGCCGUAUUGCUCAAAACUUAGAUCAACUAGACACAGAAUUUAUACGCAAAUUAUCCGGUGAAUCGUGUUCACUUUCUCAAAACUCCACUCCAAAUGAUCUCAAUUCUUCCACCCAUCAAGAUGAAGCCGCAAUAAUCAUGAACACCCUGAGUGAGGAGUUGGGUCAGCUAGAUAUAGAUCUCAUAAUUCCAGAUAUGUUCCAUUCCAAUGAGCAUGUAAAUGGUGAGAAUUGUAAAAGCCAGUCACGGCCUAUGUUUCCUCAAGAAAGUUGGCCAGUAGGAAAUAAUGAGGCUAGGCAAGAAGACACGAAGCCUCCAGAUGUUUUCUUCGAGGAUUUUUGUAAGGAGGAUAAAGAUAUCAUUAAGUUCUCAUUCAAGAUGGAAGAAAAUGGUACUACAGCUGAAGAAAGCCAAUGGGAUUCAAAUGUCCAAGAACAUUCAGAGAAGUCUACAUUGGACAUAAACUCAGCCCCAGCUGUUUCAUCUUUGAACUCAACUCAUUCAUCAGAGAAAGUCCAGCAGACAAAUAACAAAACACACAGCCAAAAAAAUUCUGAGAAUAGUUGUAUAAAACAAAAUUGUGAGAAUAGUAAACAACAAAAUUGUGAGAAUAAUAAACUACAUAUUUGUGAGACUAGUAGACAACAAAAUUGUGAGGAUAACUGUAUACAAAACUGCCAGGAAAAUAGUGAAAAUAACAGUAUAUCUAAAAUAAUUGAAAAUAACUGCAUACAACAAAAUUGUGAGGAAAAGUGUAUACAGAACUUGCCUAAAGUAGAUGAGAGUAGUGUAAAUAACGACAACGAUUUAUCUGACAAAUCACAACCUCAAGCCUUGCCUCAGCCAUUCUCGCCUGUGACCCUGGAUGAAGACAGAGACCUACACACUUUCAUGGGCCCAAGUCCCUGCCUUAUCAUGCAGGCAAUCACCAUGUCCAAUGCAAACGACUUCUUUAGCUUAGAGAGGCUAGAAACUAUUGGUGAUUCAUUCCUGAAGUAUGCCAUCACAGUCUACUUGUAUUGCUCAUAUCCAGGCAUACACGAGGGCAAACUGAGCUACCUGCGCAGUAAACAGGUAAGUAAUUAUAAUCUGUAUCGACUAGGCAGAAGGAAGGGGCUGGCCGAGUGCAUGGUGUCCACAAAGUUUGAGCCGUAUGAGAACUGGCUGCCCCCAGGUUUUGUCAUCAACGAUGAGAGGAGACGAGGCCCAGUUCCGAAGGUUGUGAUUGUCACGCCUGAAUUGAAAGUGCCUUCUUCUUCACGCAAUUUUUACCUGGAUGAAUCUUCAGACACAGCAGGCAAGCGUGACGAGGCUCUGAUGUUCAACAAAGAGCUGGAGUGGAUCCAGCAGAGCCAGGAGGCUGACCAGCAGGAGGAAGUCCAGGCACCCACCCACAGCCUCACCCCCUACAGCCUGCAAUGCCACCACGGUCUGCCUGACAAGAGCGUGGCCGACUGCGUCGAGGCUCUGAUUGGUUGCUACCUGACCACCUGCGGCAGGAAGGCUGCUCUGAUUUUCAUGUCCUGGCUGGGCCUGAGGGUACUGCCUAAAAGCAAGAGGAGAAAGGAGAUCAGUUUUUCUAAUGACGGAAGGAAAAAUGGAAAGCUUCUGGAGCAAGAAUUUGAUGAACUGCGUUGCCCCCCGUCCCCCAUGUUUUCCAACACAGAAGCCAACCAAGCUAAACUCCAACACCUGCUGGAAGGCUUUGACUCUCUAGAGGAGAAGAUUUGCUACAAGUUUCGAGACAAAUCUUAUCUGCUUCAGGCCUUCACACAUGCCUCCUAUCACUACAACACCAUCACUGACUGCUAUCAGAGGGUCGAGUUCCUUGGGGAUGCCAUACUUGACUAUGUGAUAACGCGCCACCUGUAUGAAGAUUCACAGAAAUACUCACCAGGGAUUCUUACAGACCUGAGGUCGGCUUUGGUCAACAACAACAUCUUUGCUGCUCUGGCCGUUAAAUGGGGUUUCCAUAAGUAUUUCAAGGCCAUCUCGCCAUCUUUGUUCUAUGUGAUUGAUAAAUUUGUGAAACGUCAAAAGGAAAAGAGGGAAGAUGACAUUGAUAUUGAUGAAGAGUUCAGAGAAUUAACUUUUGAAGAAGCAGAGCCUGAAGAGAAUGCUGAAGAGGAUGAUGAUGAAGAGGAGGUUGAGAUGGAGAUUCCUAAAGCUUUGGGCGACAUCUUUGAAUCAGUUGCUGGAGCAAUUUAUCUUGACAGCGGGAUGUCUUUGGACACAGUGUGGAGGGUGUAUUAUAGGAUGAUGAAACCACAUAUAGAUAAAUAUCUGAAAAGUAUACCCAAAUCUCCUGUGAGAGAACUGCUGGAAACAGAACCUGAGACAGCUAAAUUUGAAAGACCAGAGAGGACCAUGAAUGGGAAAGUCAGGGUGACUGUCAAUGUAGUUGGCAAGGGAGUUUUCACUGGAGUUGGUCGCAACUAUCGCAUUGCCAAAAGUGCAGCUGCUAAGAAAGCCCUCAAAUCUAUUCGUGUGUUGUCACAAAACUUAAUUGCUGAUUAAAUAACAUGAUUGAGUCU